AUGCCGUUAGUGGAAUCAUUGGGUUCGGCACUGACGCAUAUGCCUCCUUCAAAGAAAAGAAAGGGAGAGCGAAAGAAAGGAAAUGUCCAAAGAGCAAAAACCCCAGAGGCUUCAGAGUCCCCGACCAUUGAACAUAAUAGCUUUACAACCGCCUUCGAUGCUCAUGAAUACGAAAGUUAUGAUGAAGAUGACGAAGGAGACUGGGUUAGAGACGAUACGCAGGCCGAACUAUCUCCAUACGAUCAGGAGAUAGUAGAUGAACCCGAGAGUGUUAAGCAAAUACUUGGAGACUUUGGAAAACAACACCCUGGCAUAUCCUCGUCAACUCGGCCAAAUAUAAAGCAAGGACUGCCUGUUCCAAUAAUUAUACCUGAACGAAGACCUGGGUCUAAACAUCGAGGAUUCGUAAGAGCUUAUGCACCAGUCUUGAUAGAUUGUGGUAUAGAUCAAGAUACAUUCAUGGAUUUUCUGGUGGGAUUUGAAGCAUCUAUCAAGGCAUCUCCAUACUUUCAUGUGAUAAACUUGGCUGUGGCUGCAAGUGUGAUGGCCGAAGGACUCGCUGUAGCACCAAGUAUCAUUGUCCACGCCACAGCAUUUGCAGUGCACACCAGCAUUGAGUUUGGCAGAAGGGCAUAUAUGUCUAAAGAGUACGUACCAUCAGAUCCGUUAAUUGUCAAGCUGGGAGGUAUGAAUCUAAUUCUACUCCCUAGACAGAACAAAUAUCUUGUCGGAAUGAAUGAGAAACUAUUCAAACCACAUGGACUCUAUGCUAUGCUUAUGACCUGGAAAUCAAACAACUCUACGGCUUCCCAACCACUUGUCUCUACUGUUGAUAUGAACACAAAGCUAGUCACAUCUGUAGCCUCACGUGAAGUUCAAGGCCGCAGUGGGUUCCAUUCCACCUCUGGUAGAACAAUUGGACAGUCCCAGAUGCCGGAAAGUGCAGAAUUAAUAUUUCCAUUAUUGGAGACAGCUACCGAUGAACAAAAAGUAAAUGCAAUGAAAAAAGCAGGAGUUUGGUUUGGGGAGUGGAGAGACAAGAGGAGCACGGCUAAAUUUGCAACCGAAAAUCCUUCAACGACAUUGGCUACAAACGCUGGCGAGCAACAAGUGCCUUCAUCACGCUGGGCAGAUCCCUCUCAUCCUGUAAAUCAAGGUGGGAUCAUCGGAGUUUUGUCCGGUGGUCAUCUAGGGCGAACUGCCAGGAAAAGAGAGAAGAAGAGAGAGAAAGGCUGCCCAAAGAUGAAAAUCCCAAACCUCAGAGAACUGACUGCGAAAAGAAAGCUUCACGAGGAUGUGCUAUAUCUCAUGAUCGUCAAUAUACCUUCUGACGAGGAAAUGAAGAUUGUAACCAGCAUGGCGAAGGAAAAGAAAGCAGGAGUUUCAUAGCAAAGUCUUCUCAUUGAAAGAUUUCCUUUUGUCAGAAAUUGAUGUACGUACCUUAGCUUAUUGUUUUACCAGUGCUAUGGGUAAAUUGGUUUCGAUUGCAUUUACCCAGUCAUCAAUUUCCUUACGCAGCUUUCAAUACUACAGAAUUUGCACGCAAAUUCAAGCUCUCUCC